CAUUCAUAGGAUUCACGAAACAAAAGUUUCAGGCUCGCAAGAAAAACAAAACAAAACAAAACUCUGCUUAGUAGUACUGUGUGACAGUAGUCUCGAAAAGAAUACAGGCGUGUACAGAAUUGUUCAUCGGAAGAGCCGUGGAAACGGAAUGAACUACGAUCUGUGCCUGCGAGUGUUGUUUGGUCCCAUGAUAGUGGUUUCUUUGAUGGUGCUGAUGUUACCGCUGCUCGUGUACUGUAUAGGCCCAAGAGUUUCUCUUGUAUAGUCUAGCCUGGCCUUGCUUCCCGCUUCACGUGCACCUGGUUGGGAACUGUGAUGGACAUUCCGGCAUGUUAGUGAAAGGAAGAACAGGGGAAUUGCCGGUUAUACUCGAAAAAAAAAUAGACAAGCAAAGGGGGUUGAGCAUAUAUUAUAGUAAAGGGAUAAGUAAAUGAACUCCAAAAAGUGUGACGAAAGAUCUUAUAAUGUGAAGGGUCCAGGACAUCAUCAGGCAGCAUGAGCAUGCUAUUCACUGGUCGGUACCGCUCGAGCAGCGGCGGCAGCAACAAUUACGAAACUUUACGCGAAGACAUGGGCGAGGAGGCCCUUUCCUCCACCUCCGACCUCGUCAACUCCACCGCCUCAGCUGCCACCACUAGCUCCACCGUCUUUAUCCGUUCUGUGGACUCUGAGAAGGGGACGCCCGCGUGGAGAGCCGACCUGCUGGCUGUGCUCUACAUAGCGCUGUACUGGUGCUACCUGUUCAGCGGGGCGGCGCUCUUCACGCAGAUUGAAGGCCCCAUCGAGGAGGAGUUCAUCCUCAACCUGCGGCGCUCGAGAAUGGCUUUCCUUGAGGACCACCCUUGUAUAACAGAUGAUGAUUUAGAGAAGCUGAUAGUGGACAUCAUCCAGGCCAACAAUCGCGGUGUCUCGGCCGCCAAGAACGUGACGAGUGAACCCAACUGGUCCUUCGGGCAGAGCUUCUUCUUCUCCAGCACCAUUGUCACCACGAUAGGCUAUGGCCACGUGCACCCGUUGUCGGAGGGCGGCAAGAUCUUCUGCAUCAUCUACGCCGUCAUCGGAAUUCCUAUGACGUUCAUCUUGCUCACGGCGCUGGUAGAGCGGCUGCUCAUCCCCACCACGUGGCUACUCUACUGGCUCAACUCCAAGCUCGGACACUUAUAUCAGCCCUUCAACAUCCGCGUGUUCCACCUGGCCAUCGUGGGCAUCAUCUCCUUGACCCUGUUCGUCGUGUUCCCAGCCCUCAUAUUCGCCAAGCUGGAGCCCGGAUGGAACUUCCUGGAUUCUCUUUAUUAUUGUUUCAUUUCCCUCACAACCAUCGGCCUAGGAGACUACAUCCCCGGAGACGCCAGAGACCAACCUUUAAGGCCGCUCUACAAAGUCUGCAUCACGGGCUAUUUACUACUGGGACUCACCUUCGUGAUGCUGCUGCUCCACCUGUACAACGACAUUCCGCAACUAAACCUCGGCCUCUUCCUCCUGCGAAGCGCUGACACGACCCAGGCUGACCCGGAACGCAUGAGGCUCAGCGGCACUCAGGGACACACGCCUAAGUACACACAGCACAACGACCAACCAGUCCGGCAGAGUGUUAAGGUGGUGUCCAGGCCUGUUGAUUCACCAAGCCCAGAAGAGGACACUACUCCCGUCCAUGCACAGAUGCCUCCUAUCAUACCAGGAAAUCAGUGAAAUUUAUGCCUCUCCUGUUAUCUUUGGGCUUAAAUAAUCUGGUUCUCAUUUGUCUAGCAUCGUUACAGUGUAGUCAUUUGAAAGUUAUACUGAAUUUUCUGAGAAAAUUAUUACUUGCUUUGAGGGUCACCAAACUGUUUUGUGCCGAUAAUGAAAGCUUUGUAAUUUGGUGUAAUGCAUAAUUUGUGUAAGUUUGAUGACCAAACUUACCAGUUAUUUUUGUUACUUUGUGUUGUUAUGCUCAGUCCUUCCCAUGAUUGUUAAACUUCUUUUUAAAGAAGAAGAAGGAAAAGAGGAAGACAUCUGUAACUGGUGUUGUUAUUUGAAUGGAAAAUGUUUUUUCAUAAAUCUGAAAUUAGGUAAUUUCUAAUUAUUCUCUUUGAAACUUCAUGUUCUUACUGAACCAGAUGUGUGAAGUAUUUUUUGUAAAUAUAUUUAAAGUAUUA